GCGGCGGCGGCGUGUGGCGGCUGCGCAGUCGGGCGCUGCCGACAGUUUGGUUGGGAGCUGCGACGGGACGCCACACGUGGAGGCAAUGGCGGCGGCAGACGUGGACUUGGAGCAGGUACGGAAGGCUGUUAUUGCAUUGAAUGAAUUUGUGAAGAAAGGCAAAAAGGACACAAAGCUAUUUCUGAAUGAAGAUGAAACUAUAAUGUUAAAUGUCACUGUGUGGAAGAUUCCAAAACGGGAACAAAUAUUAAAAAUAACUCUGCCUCAUGAAAUUAGAGUGGAGACAAAAGAAGUUUGUCUCUUCACCAAAGAUGAACCAAACAUGAAUACUGAUCAGACUCAGAAAUACUAUAAAAACCUUCUCAACAAGCAUGGCGUUAAGAACAUAACACAGAUCAUUCCAUAUAAGGCAUUGAAGACUGAAUACAAACCAUUUGAAGCAAAGCGUCGCCUGUUGAGCAGAUUUGAUCUGUUCCUCGCUGAUGACCGAAUCAGGCGGCUUUUACCUUCGCACUUGGGGAAGCAUUUUUAUAAGGCUAAAAAAGCACCUCUGUCAGUGAAACUGUCUUCAAAGAAUCUUGCAAAAGAACUGAAUAAAUUAAUCCAGGGUACAAUCCUUCCAAUCAGCAACAAGGGCAGCUGUUAUGCUUCCCAGGUAGCUCACUCUGGGAUGAAACUGGAGGAAGUCGUGGAAAAUGUUACAGCAGUUAUCAGCACUAUUGAAGUCCAGUUACCCCAGCAAUGGAAAAAUGUGAAAAUUCUUCAUCUGAAAACCACAAAUUCUCCUGCACUUCCUAUAUACACAUCUAAUAUGUAUUACCUUAAAGAACUGCAAAAGAAGGAUCCCAAGAAACGCAAACAAAUAAAGAAACAGAAGAAAGCAGCAAAAAUGAAGAACUUGGAAGCUCCAACUGAUGAACAAUCAUCUGAGGUCACCAAUGUUCUUUUUGAGACUGUGGAAAAAAACUCUCAAAACAUAAAGCCUUCUAUUGGCAAGAAGCAUUGUGCAGAAGAAAUACCACAACUGGUCCCUAUUGAUGAGCAAACACCUGCAAAGAAGGCAAAAUUACAAAAAUUACAAGGAGUAGCCCACACCACACCUAAGCCAGUUGAUGAAAACGUGACCCCAGUUGGUAAAAAACCGCAGCAAAUAAAACACAAAAAAAUGCAGAAAACGCCUAACAAGAACCUAGGAAGUCUCAAACCGCAAACUCCAGGUAAAAAAGGGAAAGGCCUUGAAAUAUCAAAACCAGAAGUGAAAGAAAAUGAAUUUUCUUUGGAGAAAAUUGCGCGAAAGAAAACAGCUAAAAAACCUGAGAGAAAGUCGCUCGGGGCCCCGAAGACAAUGAAAACACCCAAACAGAAAAAAAAGCAAAAGAUUCCGCAGUCUGUCUGAGUUUUACCCCUGUAUAUUUGAGUAGUGUAAAUCUUUUAUUCAAAAACUGCUAGUAAAUUCUUUACGACGCAAAGUGGUCGGUUUGAAAUUUUUUUAUAAUAACUGUUCAGGUGUACGUGACGCGUUUUAAUAAUGUAAAUGAGAUCUUUCAUUGAUAACCAAUAACAAUGAUAACAUCACUAUCAUCGGUGUAUCAAUCCUGGUAAUAAAGAAUGUUAACUUUAA